UCCUCCAACUCUCCACGUAUCUUGAAGCUGUCUCAUUCGAUCAAAGGAGAUUUUUCCCUUCUACUCUUCCCAAACAACAACCCGGAAAGAAUCCCUCCUCCGAGAUAGCAAUAGUGAGCGAUGAACCGAAACGGAGUCCAUCGGAGCAAAGGCAAUGAGACCCUGUUGAAACUGGCCAAAACGUUGAGGGUUUGUUCAGUCCAAGAUUUAAAUCUUUGGCUGCCAUGGCUGGUUGGGAUGAGGAAUCCAUCUUUAUUGCCAGCCUUAUAGUAGAAGACACUCCUGAUCGACAGUUUAAGCACAAGAAACGCUCUGAUUUGCACUUCAAAACUCCACCAUCCGCCAGUUCAAGAAGAAAACGCAGAGCCCAGAGAAAGAGUCCAAUUUUGAUUUCUGUCCCCGCUAUUAGCCUUGAAGAAGAAGAAUUACCAGAAAAACAAGAGAAUCAUCAGAAGGAAAAAACAGAAAUUGUGGCUAAGGAAGAACGUAAAACAGAAGGAGAUGAAUUGAAGAAAGAUGAUUCUGGUGUUUCUUGCUCGAAUUCAGUCUUUCCUUGCAUGGAUAAGCUCAGAGAAGAGCUUUCUUGUGCAAUUUGUUUGGAGAUUUGCUUUGAACCUAGUACCACUUCUUGUGGACACAGGUAAACGAAAAGUUUAUUUGUCAUAUAUUUAUUCAUAUGACAAUAUUAUUUGUCACAAAUUAUAUGAUAAUGAAAGUAAUUUGGAGCAUCACAAGACAAAAAUAAUAAUU